AUGAGUUCACGCCAGAGCCCAGAGGAAUACAAACAAUCACCACACCGAUUAUCUUUCCUCAAUCGUAUACGAGCGAAGACGUCGUCCUUUUUAUCGUCCACUCGCCGCUUUCGGAAGAAGAAUCCCGUUGAUUCCACCCGUGGUGCAGAUGAGGCACAUCUAGAGGAUGAGCCGACGUCAUCAGUGAAGCGGUUCCAAAAGAUUUUCCGCCAUCUUGGUGUCUUACCCACAAACUUCAAGCCGACCAUUGAACCACUUCAGUCGCGCCUCGAUGUUGAAGAAUCUCGCGAACGGGGUAGCGAUUCCUCGUCUGAUUCUGCCUACUCCGCCCGUUCCGACACACAGGCUUCAACUAGAUCGAACUCUCAACAGCUUCAAAUCCUCGUGCGAGGAUGCGAGGGAGUUACGCCUGAACAUGCUCUGGGGAUGUGUGCUUUCCUAGACACUGGCUGCGCGAAAGACCUCAUGGCCUAUCGACAUUUUUUGAGACUGAAGCAAGCUCACGGAAUCGAACUGGAGGAAUCUAAUGUGGAGGUUGUGCCGCUGAACGACAGUCCAAUGGAGGUACACGGAAUUGCACGAGGGUUGUUGUGGCAACUCGAUGAGGAGGGAUUCAGGACAUAUACGUCGGACUUCUAUAUCGUAGAUAUGGAUCAGUUCGACGUUUUGAUCAGCUGGGAGACCGCACGGAAGUAUAACCUGUUGGAUUACGGAGCCGACAUUCAAGAGUACCUGAUGAAAGUCAGAGAAAGAAAGAAGCGCAGACGGAAGCUCGAACGGAAGCUAAGAAAGGCCAACCUAGGGAAGGCUGCAUAGACUGGAGGAAGAGAUAUUGGACGAUGGUUUUUGCAUUUCAAGCGUGGCGUUGAGGAAAGAGCUCGCGGAGUUUAACGGCAUGGGCAAUGUUUAUGAGGGAUUUGUUAUGGAAGGUCUGACUGUAAUAAGACCAUGGAUGCUUUUUAUGGGUGGCUUUCUGUACAUUAUCAUUUGUUACUUUCACAGGCUACCAGGGAAGACGGAAGAUUAGAGCGACAUUUCUUUUCCCCACGGCUCAUCACCUACGCGCCACCACAAGCCGCUAGCCCGCUGUCCACGAUUCCUGGCGGCAAACUCGCCGUGGCUCGUGGGAGAUGCAUGGGGGAUAUGAACCAUCGCUCAGGUGCUCUGUACAUGGUGUGUUCACCUUGGUCGUUUAGAGAUCAAUCACUUUCGCUCGCUAUCUAAGACCAC